CCGAAAUGCGACUCAACAUCACAUUCAAACCAUCGCUGAAUUCGUUUGUUUGUGCUAACUUACUUAACUACUUAAACAAAAUGUUCAAGCUGUUCAUCUUCGCCUGCUUCAUGGCCCUCGCUGCCGCCAAACCCGGAGUACUCGCCCCGGUGGCAUACACCGCCCCCGUAGCGGCGGCGUACACAGCACCUGUGGCGGCCGCGUACACCGCUCCCGUCGCAUACACCGCUCCUGUUGCAGCCUACUCCGCGUACACCUAUGCCUCCCCAUACGCCGCUUACUACCUGCGUCGUUAAGUUGUAAAGAAAAUAUCAAAAAAAUAAUGACUGCCAACCAAGUCUGAAUAAUAAAUUAUUAAUCAUUUGAA